AUGAAAAAGAGGAUACUAAGAUUCGAGGAUGUAUUUUUGAAAGCACCUAACAACAACAAGGAUCUCAAGGGAGAGUAUAUUGAUCUCAUUUCUGGGAUUUCUGGAGAAGUAGCAUCGGGAAAGCUAACUGCUGUGAUGGGAGGAAGUGGAAGCAGUAAAACCUCUUUCCUCAAUCUUCUAAUGGGGAAGGUUAACAGUAAUGUGCUAACGUCUGGAAUUAUCACCCUUAACGGAGAACAGAGAAAGGUAUACAAAUGGCUUGAAAGCACUUCUUACUUGGAACAGUUUGAUACCUUUACUUCGGGGCUUACGGUGGAAGAGUCCAUAAGAUACUCAAUUAUCUUUAGGGGCCGAGAGAUAAAGGACUCCACAAUUCCGUCGAUAGUGGAUGACAUAAUCAGGGAUCUGGGGCUGAAUAGAUUGAGAGGAUCACUAAUCUCAUCUAUCUCUGGAGGAGAGAGAAGGAGAGUUAUGUUAGCCAUUGAGCUUGUUGUAGAACCUGACAUAAUAUUCCUUGAUGAGCCAACAAGUGGCUUGGAUUCGCGUUUAGCAUUGGAAACUGUUCGAAUACUCAAAAAAUAUGCAGAGACAAAGAACAAGAUAGUUUUAAUGACUGUGCACCAGCCAGGAAAUUCGAUGUUUACCUUAUUCGACGACAUAAUAUUCUUGGACAAGGGAAAGAUAAUUUAUGCAGGGCCUAUCUCUGGAAUAGAUGGUUUUCUUCUUUCCAUUGGAAUGCAAAGACCGUUUAACAUUUCUGUUGCAGAAUAUUUAUUUGAGUUAGAGAUGGAUAUUCGGAAACAGCAAGGCCUUUGGCUCUCCUCCGAUCAACAUCAAGAGGUAAAAUACUGUAACGAAAGUCUCCUUGAAAGGAACAGCCAAAGAUUUGUUGUCUCUGCGGUUUCUUGGAAGCAUAUUUGGCAUCUACUUAUUCGGCAGUUCAAGAUCGAUUACAGAAGCGGAGUCAUGAGGAAUGUAUUUCUAUUCAAAAUGGCUGUGGCAACAGUGCUUUUCUUUUUUCUAUGCGAUAAGAUGAGAUAUUCUGUUUUUCUAUUUAUUAAUAGAAUGUGUCCUAGAUACUUAGCCGCAGGCGAAAUGUAUCUCAACGAUCUAAGGAAUUUUCUCCAAAAAAACUACGAAGAUCUCAACAUAUUGUACAGCGAUGUUCUAGACUUUUUUGCUUAUAACAUGAUUCCGUUUGUUACAUGCUUUUCCAUAUUUAAUGACUCAAGCUUCCUAGACCAUAGAGCACUUCUUCAGAAAGAAUCAUUUAGAUGUGACUAUAGCCCAAUAUCUCUUUUGAUUUCGGUCUUGAUAUAUGAAUGUAUAUUCUCAAUAAUCAGAUCGCUCUACUUCUGUUUUCUCCUAAGCUUAACCCAGCUCAAGGAAAUUCUGACAGGAAGGGCAAUUUCAAUGUUUGUUCUUACGCCUCUUGGCAUGGUUAUCUUCAUGACAAUGGUUAAGGCUUUUUCCUCAGGGAGUUACCCAUUGAAUAUCACCAGAGUGGCUGCAUUUGUACUUUCAACCUUCCUCAGACCCCUCUAUCUGAGUAUAGAGCUCGAAGAACUCAGCAACAGAUACAGUUUUAUGAAAUAUCUGUAUCCAGUAUCCUAUGGUCUAUUUCUCUGCCCUUUUCUACUCUUGGAUGCGUUUUUCUACGUUACACUUGGAGGAAGGAGCUCUAUAUCACUAGGCUUCAUUUCAUUUCUGAAUCAAAUCAAUGGAGUUCAAACAAGUCAGGAAGACAUUCCUUUGAAAAAUACCCUCAACUAUACCAUCACAUUUCUUAAUAGAUGUUACCUUUCCGAUGGAUUUCUGGUUAUUUUGGCCCUGUUUUCGUUUUUAUCGGUGUUGAUAUUAUCCACACUAUUCUUUGUUUUAAAGUUUAGUCCAAAUGUGAGGUUGACGAUGAGUGUCAAAAGUUUAGAUAUGAAGCUAGAUGAAAUAACAGUUAAUUAA